UCCUCGAACUCAUUACUUGUCUCCUCUGUAAGCAUGAAGAGGAAUGAAUAGUACACUGUACAGAAGAAACGUUGCAUGAGAACACAUUCUGUACAUGAUACGGACAGUUCCAAUCUGCAGGCGCUUCCUCAGCUGUGGUGCAACCAAUGGUUUGACCCAACAACGAAAAUGUACCGCACAAUGCCCCCGCUGGCCAUCUUUGGUCUAAUCCUUUCAUUCUUUGUCGGUGAUUCCCUUCAGCAAGCCAAGAAGAGAGACAUUGUCUUCCUAAUCGAUGGCUCUCCUGGGAUGGGAAGGUCAUUUCUUCAUGUUCGUAAUUUUCUUAAUAACAUAAUCCAGGAGCUUGAUAUUGGGCCUGACAGAGAUCAAGUGGCUGUGGUGCAGUACAGUUCUAACCCAAGACUUGAAUUUGGCCUCAACACUCAUUCAACUCGAGAUGCAGUUUUAAACACAAUUAAAAAGCUGAGACUGAAAACAGGGAGACCCCUCAACACUGGUGCUGCACUGGACUAUGUCACGAGGAACGUCUUCAGUCCAUCCGCAGGGAGCAGAGGAGAUGCUGGAGCUUCACAAAUCCUGGUGCUCAUCACUGCUGGGAAAUCCUUCGACGACGUUGGUCGGGCAGCAGAUACGAUGAAACAGGCUGGUAUCGUGCCCAUUGCUAUUGGAGCCAAGGAUGCAGAUGCAACGGAAUUACAACAGAUAGUGUCUAAUCCGGAAUCUGUUUUGAAACUGGGAGACUUCCAUGAAUUGAAAACUAUUCAACAAGAGUUAUUGUCUAAAGUUAGAGCAAUGAUUGUAGUUGAUGAACCAAUCCCUCCUACUGAAGUUUCUGCAUCAAGGAAGAGAGACAUUGUCUUCCUAAUCGAUGGCUCUCCUGGGAUGGGAAGAUCGUUUAUUCAAGUCCGCGAGUUUCUCAAUAACAUAAUCCAGGAGCUUGAUAUUGGACCUGACAGAGAUCAAGUUGCUGUGGUACAGUACAGUUCUAACCCAAGACUUGAAUUUGGCCUCAACACUCAUUCAACUCGAGAUGCAGUUUUAAACACAAUUAAAAGGAUGAGACUGAAAACAGGGAGACCCCUCAACACUGGUGCUGCAUUGGACUAUGUCACAAGGAAUGUCUUCAACCCAUCUGCAGGAAGCAGAGCAGGCAUUGGAGCUUUACAAAUCCUGGUGCUCAUCACUGCUGGGAAAUCCUUUGACAAUGUUGGUGGGGCAGCAGAUACGAUGAAACAGGCUGGUAUUGUGCCCAUUGCUAUUGGAGCCAAGAAGGCAGUCACAGCGGAAUUACAACAGAUAGUGUCUAAUCCCGACUCUGUUUUGAAACUGGGAGAAUUCAACGAAUUGCAAAACAUUCAAGAAGAGUUCCUGACUAAAGUUACAGCAGUGUCUGUGGUCGAGGAACCAAUCCCUCCGACUGAAGUUGUACGAAGGGAAAUGAGUGAGAGAGACAUUGUCUUCCUUAUCGAUGGAUCAGACAAUGUUGGAAACACCAAUUUACCUUUCGUCAAGGACUUCAUCACAAGAAUAGUUCGGAACUUGGCGAUUGGAAGUGACCAGGUGCGAGUAGGUCUGGCACAGUACAGUGAUGACAUUGAAGCUGAAUUCUAUCUAAACACUUACUCUUCAGAAGCUGAACUUCUAUCUCAUAUCAGGACUAUCAUAUUGCGAGGUGGGACAACGGUCAACACGGGUUCAGCUUUGGAUUUUGCCAGUAAAUAUUUUUUUUCCAGGGCUGCAGGAAGUCGAAUAAAAGAAAAUAUUCCUCAGUUUUUGGUGCUUAUUACUAGUGGAAGGUCCGAUGAUGAUGUGGAAGCAUCAUCAGAUGCAUUGAAGCGAGCUGCGGUAAUGACCUUCGCUGUUGGAGUCAAGCACACAGACCCAGCUGAGCUAGAAGAGAUGGCAAUUGACCCAAGUUUGAUCUUCGGUGUCAAUGAUUUCCAGUCUCUGCCAGAUUUACUGGAUGAGAUGAUAAUACCACUGACCACACUGGCAGUUCCAACAAUAAUAAUCGAAGAACCAACAAUAAAACCAAUGGAACCCAUUCCUGCAACAAAAGCUUCACCCAUCAUGAAGAGAGAUAUUGUCUUCCUAAUUGGUGGCUCUCCUGUAAUGGGAAGAUCGUUUCUUCAUGUUCGCGAGUUUCUCAGUCAUAUAAUCCAGGAGCUCGAUAUCGGACCUGACAGAGAUCAAGUUGCUGUGGUACAGUACAGUGUUACUGCAAGGCUUGAAUUUGGCCUCAACACCCAUUCAACAAAAAGUGAAAUGUUGGAUGCAGUAAAAAAGUUGAGACUGAAAACAGGGAGACCCCUCAACGCUGGUGCUGCUCUGGACUAUGUCACAAGGAAUGUCUUCAGUCCAUCCGCAGGGAGCAGAGGAGAUGCUGGAGCUUCACAAAUCCUGGUGCUCAUCACUGCUGGGAAAUCCAGAGAUGAUGUUGGUCGGGCAGCAGAUACGAUGAAACAGGCUGGUAUUGUGCCCAUUGCUAUUGGAGCCAAGAAUGCAGACGCAGCGGAAUUACAACAGAUAGUGUCUAAUCCCGACUCUGUUUUGAAACUGGAAGACUUCAAAGAGUUGGAAACUAUUCAGCACGUGUUAUUGUUUAAAGUUCGAGCAGUGUCUGUGGUUGAUGAACCAAUUCCUCCAACUGAAGUUGUACGAAGGGAAAUGAGUGAAAGAGACAUUGUCUUCCUUAUUGAUGGAUCAGACAAUGUUGGAAGCACUAAUUUACCUUUCGUCAAGGACUUCAUCACAAGAAUAGUUCGGAACUUGGCCAUUGGAAGUGACCAGGUGCGAGUAGGUCUGGCACAGUACAGCGAUGACACUGAAGCUGAAUUCUAUCUAAACACUUACUCUUCAGAAGCUGAACUUCUAUCUCAUAUUAGGACCCUCAGAUUGCGAGGUGGGACAACUGCCAACACUGGUUCAGCAUUGGAUUUUGCCAGUAAAUACUUUUUUACUAGCUCAGCAGGAAGUCGAAUAAAAGAAAACAUUCCUCAGUUUUUGGUGCUUAUUACUAUUGGAAGGUCCGAUGAUGAUGUGGAAGCAUCAUCAGAUGCAUUGAAGCGAGCUGCAGUAAUGACCUUCGCUGUUGGAGUCAAACACACAGACCCAGUCCAGCUAGAAGAGAUGGCAAUUGACCCAAGUUUGAUCUUCAAUGUCAAUGAUUUCCAGUCUCUGCCAGAUUUACUGGAUGAAAUGAUAAUACCACUGACCACACUGGCAGUUCCAACAAUAAUAAUCGAAGAACCAACAAGAAAACCUGAGGAGGAGCCCAUUCCUACUAUAGAAGUCAGAAAGAGAGAUAUUGUCUUCCUAAUCGAUGGCUCUCCUGGGAUGGGCAGAUCAUUUCUUCAAGUCCGCGAGUUUCUCAAUAACAUAAUCCAGGAGCUCGAUAUUGGACCUGACAGAGAUCAAGUUGCUGUGGUACAGUACAGUUCUAACCCAAGACUUGAAUUUGGCCUCAACACUCAUUCAACUCUAGAUGCAGUUUUAAACACAAUUAAAAGGAUGAGACUGAAAACAGGGAGACCCCUCAACACUGGUGCUGCACUGGACUAUGUCACAAGGAAUGUCUUCAGUCCAUCCACAGGGAGCAGAGGAGAUGCUGGAGCUUCACAAAUCCUGGUGCUCAUCACUGCUGGGAAAUCCAGAGAUGAUGUUGGACAGGCAGCAGAUACAAUGAAACAGGCUGGUAUCGUGCCCAUUGCUAUUGGAGCCAAGGAUGCAGACACAGCAGAGCUUCAAAAGAUCGUAUAUGAGCCAAAUUUUAUUUUGAAACCGAAAGACUUCAAAGAAUUGGAAACCAUUCAGCAAGGGUUAUUAUCAAUGUUUGGAGUUGUGCCUGUAGUUGAGGAACCAAUCCCUCCUAUUGAAGAGAAACCAAUCCCUCCUAUUGAUGAGAAACCAAUCCCUCCUAUUGAUGAGAAACCAAUCCCUCCUAUUGACGAGAAACCAAUCCCUCCUAUUGAUGAGAAACCAAUCCCUCCUAUUGACGAGAAACCAAUCCCUCCUAUUGACGAGAAACCAAUCCCUCCUAUUGAUGAGAAACCAAUCGCUCCUCCUCAUGAAGAACCGAUCCUUCCUACUGAAGAGGAACCAAUUCCUCCUACAGAAGUUGUACCACAAGACGUGAACAGGAGAGACAUUCUCUUCCUUAUUGAUGGAUCAGUUUAUGUUGGAAAUGUUAACUUUAUACAUAUCCGUGAAUUCAUCACAAGAUUGAUAGAGACCUUGGACAUUGGAAGUGACAGAGUGCAAGUAGCUGUGGUGCAGUUCAGUGAUGAUGUGAAAACAGAAUUCUAUCUAAACAGCUACUCAUCGAAAGCUAAUCUCUUGCCUCAUGUGAAAGGACUCAACGCGAAAGGUGGUCGAAUAGUUAACACUGGGGCAGCACUGGAUUACGUGCUUAAAAACCAUUUCACAAAAUCUGCGGGAAGUAGGAAGGAGCAAGGCGUUCCUCAGAUCUUGAUGUUGAUCACUGGUGCUAGGUCCAGAGAUGAUAUCAAACCAUCAGCAGAUGCCCUGAAGCGAGCUGCUCUACAUACCCUUACUGUUGGAGCCAGGAGGGCAGAUCCAACACAAUUGAAAGAAAUUUCAAGUGACCCCAACUUGGCUUUCAAUGUGAAGGAGUUUCGCUCUCUUUCAGAUAUAGAGAAUCAGGUGGUGACAUCGUUAUCAGCAUCAGUAAUGGUGAAUCCUUUGCCAACAACGACUGUUCCACCAGUUACUACAACUGAAGUUGUAGCACAAGAAGUGAGGAGGAGGGACAUUGUCUUCCUUAUUGAUGGAUCAGUUUAUGUUGGAAACAUUAAUUUUAUACAUAUCCGUGAAUUCAUCACAAGAUUAAUAGAGACUUUAGACAUUGGAAGUGACAGAGUGCAAGUAGCUGUGGUGCAGUACAGCGAUGAUAUGAAAACUGAAUUCUACCUAAACAGCUACUCAUCGAAAGCUAAUCUCUUGUCUCAUGUGAAAGGGCUUAAAAUGAAAGGUGGUCGAAUAGUUAACACUGGGGCAGCACUGGAUUACGUGCUUAAAAACCACUUCACAAAAUCUGCAGGAAGUAGGAAGGAGCAAGGCGUUCCUCAGAUCUUGAUGCUAUUCACUGGUGGAAGAUCCAGAGAUGAUAUUCAACUGUUGGCAGAUACUCUGAAGCGAGCAGCUGUACAUACCCUUACUGUUGGAGCCAGGAGGGCAGACCCAACACAGUUGAAAGAAAUUUCAAGUGACCCCAACCUGGCUUUUAAUCUAAGAGAAUUUCACUUGCUAUCAGAUAUACAGAAUCAGGUGCUAACACAUUUAUCUACAGUGCCUGACUUGCCACAAUCUACUGAAAAGCCUAUGGUUACCAUUAAUGAAGUUAUCCCAAAAUUAGUCAGCAAACGAGACAUUGUGUUCCUUAUCGAUGGAUCAGAUUAUGUCGGAAAUGCAGACUUUCCUUUUGUGCGUGAUUUUCUCUCAAGUUUCAUUGAAAAUCUUGAUUUUGGAAGUGACAGAGUGCGAAUCGGUCUGGUACAGUUCAGUGAUUAUGCGGAAACUGAAUUUUAUCUGAACACUUACUCUUCCGAAGAUGAAAUUUUGCGCCAUGUGGAAGGAAUCAGAUUGAGAGGUGGAGCACCACUAAACAUUGGAGCAGCACUGGACUAUGUUUAUAGAAAUCACUUCACCAGAUCUUCAGGAAGUAGAAAAGAGGAAGGUGUUCCUCAGUCACUGGUGCUCAUCACUGCUGGAAGAUCCAGGGAUUAUAUCAAACAAUCUGUGGAUGCACUGAAGAGAGCUGAUGUAACAAUGUUUGCUGUUGGAACCAGCAAUGCAGACUCAGAGCAACUCAGAGAGAUUGCAAGUGAGCCUAGUUUGCUUCUCAAUGUUAAUGAAUUCCGCUCUCUGCCUCAUGUACAGGAGCAGCUGAUGAUUUCAAUGACAAGUCCGCCUGAACCAGGAGAAUCCACAGACCACCCACGUGUUCCCGUAAACCCAGGAAACGUAAGCAAACAAGACAUUGUGUUCCUUAUCGAUGGAUCAGACUAUGUCGGAAAUGCAGAUUUUCCUUUUGUCCGUGACUUUCUCUCAAGUAUCAUCGAAAACUUUGACAUUGGAAGUGACAGAGUGCAAAUUGGUCUGGUACAGUUCAGUAAUUAUGCAGAAUCUGAAUUCUAUCUGAACACUUACUCUUCCGAAGAUGAAAUUCUGCGUCAUGUGGAAGGGAUCAGAUUGAGAGGUGGAACGCCUCUAAACACUGGAGCAGCACUGGACUAUGUUUAUAGAAAUCACUUCACCAGAUCUUCAGGAAGUAGAAAAGAGGACGGUGUUCCUCAGUUACUGGUGCUCAUCACUGCUGGAAGAUCCAGGGAUUAUAUCAAACAAUCUGUGGAUGCACUGAAGAGAGCUGAUGUAACAGUGUUUGCUGUUGGAACCAGGAAUGCAGACUCGGCACAACUCAGAGAGGUUGCAAGUGAGCCUAGUUUGCUUCUCAGUGUUAAUGAAUUCCGCUCUCUGCCUCAUGUACAGGAGCAGCUGAUGAUUUCAAUGACAAGUCCGCCUGAACCAGGAGAAUCCACAGACCGCCCAAGUGUUCCUGUAAACCCAGGUGUGCCAGACGGAGGAAGCAGGAGAGACAUUGUGUUCCUUAUCGAUGGAUCCGACAAUGUCGGGAACAGAAAUGUUCCUUUUGUCCGUGAUUUUCUAACAAGUAUUAUACAAAAUCUCGAUAUUGAUAGUGACAGAGUGCAAGUUGGACUGGUGCAGUACAGCAAUUUUGCAGAAACGGAAUUCUAUCUGAACACUUACUCAUCUGAAGAUGAAAUUCUCUCCCAUGUGGAAGGACUGAGACUGAGAGGCCGGAAUACACUUAACACAGGAGCAGCACUGGAGUACGUCCUUAGAAAUCACUUUACCAGAUCUUCAGGAAGUAGGAAAGAGGAAGGUGUUCCUCAGUUAUUGGUGCUCAUCACUGCUGGAAGAUCCAGCGAUGAUAUUAACCUACCUGCAGAUGCAUUAAAGCAAGCUGCUGUCAUAACCUUUGCUGUAGGAGCCAAGGAUUCAGACCCAGCACAAUUAAAAGAAAUCGCGAUUGAUCCUAAUUCGGUCUUCAGUAUCCAAGAAUUCAGCUCUCUGCCACAUAUACAGGAACAGUUAAUGACACCAUUAUCUACUCUGGCUGCCUCAAGAGUACCAGCUGAAAGGCCAACUGUUCCUGUUAAACAAGUUGUUUCUGAAGAGGUGAUGAAGAGAGACAUUGUGUUCCUUGUCGAUGCGUCGGAUAAUGUUGGAAACACUCAUUUUGCUGUUGUCCGUGAUUUUCUCACAAGUAUAAUAGACAAUCUCGACGUUGGACAUGACAAAGUUCAAGUAGGCCUGAUACUAUACAGCACAUAUGCAGAUACUGAGUUCUACUUGAACACCUAUUUGUCAAAAGCUGAUAUUCUGACUCAUGUGAGAAGACUGAGACUAAAAGGUGGGACCAGACGGAAUACCGGUGCAGCCAUGGAUCAUGCCUAUAGAUACCAUUUCAUCAACUCUGCCGGAAGUCGGAAGAAAAAUGGUGUCGCUCAGUUUUUGGUGCUCAUCACCGGUGGAGCUUCUAGCGAUGAUGUCAGUCGUGCUGCUGCUGCGUUGAAGCGAGCUGCUAUAAUGAGUUUUGCAGUUGGAGUCAAGAAUGCAGAUUUAGCAGAGCUGAACGACAUUGCCAUUGAUCCCAGUUUGGUCUUCAGAGUGAGUGAAUCCCGUGCUUUACUGAAUAUACAAGGAGAGGUGACCACACUAUUAUCAACUCUGCCAGCUCCACGGGUAAUACCUGAAGAACCAACUGCUGUCGUUGAACCAGUUAUACCAGAUGGAGGAAGCAAGAGAGACAUUGUGUUCCUUGUCGAUACAUCAGACAAUGUUGGAAGGGAAAAUUUUCUUUCAGUCCGUGACUUUCUCUCAAGUAUAAUGGAAAACCUCGAUAUUGGGAGCGACAGGGUGAGGGUUGGUCUGGUACAGUACAGUAGUUAUGCAGAAACGGAAUUCUAUCUGAACACAUAUUCUUCUGAAGAUGAAGUACUAACGCAUGUGAAAGGUCUAAGGCUAAGAGGUGGAAGGAGCAUUAAUACUGGUGCAGCACUGGACUCUGUCCUCCGCUAUCAUUUUACUCAACAUGGAGGAAGUAGGAAAGAUGAAGGCGUUCCUCAAGUAUUGGUACUCAUCACUAGUGGAAGCUCUGGAGAUGAUGUUAAAACGCCAGCAGAUAAAAUGAAGCAAGAUGCUAUGAUAACCUUUGUGAUAGGAGCCAAGAAUGCUAACCCAGCCCAAAUAAAAGAAAUUGCAAGUGACCCAGGUCUGGUCUUCAAUGUGCAGGAAUUUCAUUCCCUGCCAGACAUAAAGGAACAAGUGACAUCCUCAUUAUUGACAUUGGCUGCUCCACCAGUAACUCAUGACAAGUCAAAAGUGAUUGCUGGAAGAGUAACUGACACCAUUCCAGAAGUUACAUCUGAAGCUGAAAUCAAGAGGGAUAUUGUGUUUCUGAUUGAUGAGUCAGAUAAUAUCGGGAAUUCAAACGCACCACAUGUGCAUGAUUUUAUCACAAGAUUAAUUGAGAACCUGGACAUUGGAAGUGACAGAGUGCGUGUUGGGUUGGUACUGUACAGUGACGCUCCUGAAACUAAGUUUUAUCUUAACACCUACUCAAGAAAGGAUGAACUUCUGUCUCUCCUGAGACCACUCAGAUUUAAAGGUGGCAUGACAGCCAAUACUGGCAAAGCACUGGACUUUGUCUUCAGAUACCACUUUACCCAGUCUUCAGGCAGCAGGAAAGACGAAGGUGUUCCUCAGUUUUUACUGUUGAUCACUGGUGGGAGGUCUGGAGAUGAUAUCAAAGCAUCUGCAGAUACAUUGAAACGAGCCGCUAUCAUGACCUUUGCCAUUGGAGCCAGAAAUACUGACACAGCACAACUAAAAGAAAUAGCAUUUGAACCCAGUUUGGUCUUCAAUUUGAGGGAUUUCUAUUCACUAUCAGACAUACAAGAAAAGGUAUUGCCCCAAAUACAAAGACUGCGUGUUCCACAAAUAAUUAUCGAUGAGCCAAAAGUAGACAUCAGAGAACCUACUGUUGCACCUACAGAAGUUCCUGCAGUCAGAAAGAGAGAUAUUGUCUUCCUAAUCGCUGGCUCUUCUGAGAUGGGAAGAUCAUUUCUACAAGUCCGAGAUUUUCUGAAGAAAAUAAUCCAGGAGCUCGAUAUCGGACCUGACAGAGAUCAAGUUGCUGUGGUGCAGUACAGUUCUGACCCAAAACUUGAAUUUGGCUUCAACGCUCAUUUAACUAGAGAUGCAGUUUCAGAUGCAAUUAAAAAGCUGAGAUUGAAACCAGGGAGACCCCUCAACACUGGUGCUGCACUGGAUUAUGUCACAAGGAAUGUCUUCAGUCCAUCCGCAGGGAGCAGAGGAGAUGCUGGAGCUUCACAAAUCCUGGUGCUCAUCACUGCUGGGAAAUCCAGAGACAAUGUUGGUCAGGCAGCAGAUACAAUGAAACAGGCUGGUAUCGUGCCCAUUGCUAUUGGAGCCAAGGAUGCAGAUGCAACGGAAUUACAACAGCUAGUGUCUAAUCCGGAAUCUGUUUUGAAACUGGGAGACUUCCAUGAAUUGACAACUAUUCAACAAGAGUUAUUGUCUAAAGUUAGAGCAGUGUCUGUGAUUGAGGAACCAACAGUUCCCACUGAAGUUGUACGAAGGGAAAUGAGUGAAAGAGACAUUGUCUUCCUUAUUGAUGGAUCAGACAAUGUUGGAAACACCAAUUUACCUUUCGUCAAGGACUUCAUCACAAGAAUAGUUCAGAAUUUGGCCAUUGGAAGUGACCAGGUGCGAGUAGGUCUGGCACAGUACAGCGAUGACACUGAAGCUGAAUUCUAUCUAAACACUUACUCUUCAGAAGCUGAACUUCUGUCUCAUAUUAGGACCCUCAGAUUGCGAGGUGGGACAACUGCCAACACUGGUUCAGCAUUGGAUUUUGCCAGUAAAUACUUCUUUACUAGCUCAGCAGGAAGUCGAAUAAAAGAAAACAUUCCUCAGUUUUUGGUGCUUGUUACUAUUGGAAGGUCCGAUGAUGAUGUGGACGCACCAUCAGAUGCAUUGAAGCGAGCUGCAGUAAUGACCUUUGCUGUUGGAGUCAAACACACAGACCCAGCCCAGCUAGAAGAGAUGGCAAUUGACCCAAGUUUGAUCUUCAGUGUCAAUGAUUUCCAGUCUCUGCCAGAUUUACUGGAUGAGAUGAUAAUACCACUGACCACACUGGCAGUACCUACUGUUAUCGAAGAACCAAUAAGUAUUGAAGAACAAGUGAUUACAACAGAAGCCAGGAAGAGAGAUAUUGUCUUCCUAAUUGAUGGAUCUCCUGGAAUGGGAAGAUCCUUCCCUCUAGUCCGUGAUUUUGUUAAGAACGUAGUUCAGGAGCUUGAUAUUGGACCCGACAAAGACAAAGUUGCUGUGGUACAGUACAGUUCUGACUCAAGAGUUGAAUUUGGCCUCAACACUCAUUCAACUCUAGAUGCAGUUUUAAACACAAUUAAAAGGAUGAGACUGAAAACAGGGAGACCCCUCAACACUGGUGCUGCACUCGACUAUGUCACAAGGAACGUCUUCAGUCCAUCCACAGGGAGCAGAGGAGAUGCUGGAGCUUCACAAAUCCUGGUGCUCAUCACUGCUGGGAAAUCCAGAGAUGAUGUUGGACAGGCAGCAGAUACAAUGAAACAGGCUGGUAUCGUGCCCAUUGCUAUUGGAGCCAAGGAUGCAGACACAGCAGAGCUUCAAAAGAUCGUAUAUGAGCCAAAUUUUAUUUUGAAACUGGGAGAUUUUAAGGAAUUACAAAGUAUUCAAAAGGAGCUGGUAUCUAAAGUUAAAACCGUCUUCAUUGUUGAGGAAAUAACUACUAUUACUCCUGAAGUUUCACCUGAUGAAAUGAACAAGAGAGAUAUUGUGUUCCUUAUAGAUGGAUCAGAGAAUGUUGGAAACACAAAUUUACCUCUUGUGCAUGAUUUCAUCAGAAAUAUAGUCGAGAAUCUCAAUAUUGGAAGUGGCCAUGUAAGAGUCGGUCUGGCACAGUUCAGCCACAAUGCAGAAACAGAAUUCUAUCUUAACACCUACUGGUCAAAAGCUGACAUUCUGCGCCAUGUCAAAGGACUCCAAUUGAAAGGUGGCACGAUGCUUAAUAUUGGCACAGCACUGGACUUUGUCUUCAGGAACCACUUUACUGGCCAUGCAGGAAGCAGAAAAGAGCAAGGAGUUCCACAGUUUCUGGUGUUGUUCACUGGCGGCAGAUCAACGGAUGCUGUUAAACCGUAUGCCGAUAAACUAAAGCGAGCUGCCAUAACAACAUUUGCUGUUGCAAUAAGAAAUGCAGAUGAAGCACAGCUGCAAGAAAUUGCAACUGACCCCAGUUUAGUUUUCAGUGUAAAGGAAUUCCAAAAUCUACCCCAGGUACAGGGAAGGCUGAUGACACCAUUGUCAACACUAACUGCUCCAACCGUAACAAUUAAAGAGUCAGUUGUAAUUGCUGGCGAAUCAAUGGUUACAAGUGAAGAAGCUCCUGCAGCAAGGCAAAGAGAUAUUGUCUUCCUUAUUGAUGGUACGCUUGGAAUGGGUAAAGCAUUCCCUCUAGUUCGUGCAUUUCUGGCUAAAGUAAUCCAAGAACUCGAUAUUGGCCCUGACAAAGAUCAAGUUGCUAUGGUGCAAUACAGUCACGACACAAAAACUGAAUUUGGACUUAAUACUUAUGCAAGUAAAGAUGAAGUUUUGGCUGCAGCAGCACAGGUCAGGCGGAAAACUGGAAGAGUCCUCAACACUGGUGCGGCACUGAACUAUGUCACAAGAAAUAUCUUUGUCGCAUCUGCUGGGAGCAGACAAGAUAUGGGAGCUACACAGAUCCUGGUGCUAAUCACUGCUGGAAAGUCCAGAGAUGAUGUUGGACAGGCAGCACAUGCAGUAAAGCAAGCUGGUAUCGUGCCCGUUGUUAUCGGAGCCAAGGCUGUCCAUCCCGCAGAGCUGCAACAGCUAGUGUAUUCUCCCGAUUUCAUUUUUAUACGAAAAACGUUUCAGACUAUACCACAAAUCCUACAGCAGUUGACAUCGAUAUUGAAAUCCGUUUCUCUUGAAUCACUUGACGAUCAGCCCCAAUGAAUGAUAUAACUGUCAUGCCUGUGGAUUUUUGUAUAGCACCAUUCAAGUUCCUCUCCAUAGAUUAAACUACAAAACAAUAAAGAAGAACAAUGGUCAUGGAUACAUCACUUUACAAUCAGAGCAACAUGAAGACUGAUUAUCUUUGGAAGCCAUCCUUUCAACAAUAAUUUUCUGAGUUAUCUUAGUGUCUUCAAUUAUCAGUGUAAAAUUGUAUCUAUAUAUCUGGCAUAUUUUAUAAAAUUAUUUACAAAUUAUAGUUAACAGAAUUACCUGGGAUAAACAUGGUCAGAAUGUAAGGGAAAUAGGCAGCACUGUUUACUCAAUUGCAUUGCUCCUCACUCCAGCACCUUUUAACAGUUUGAGAGAUUGUGGUCUAAAGACCAGAGCAUGAUUGGGUGUUAAGUUAUCACGAUCAUGAGUGAAUUUUUUGUUACGCUCAUUUUUUCGUUUGGGUUGUGUAUAUACACCAAAGCUGAUUUGCUCCUACUUAAUAUGUAUAUAUAUUUCCAAAUCCAAUUGUCACAGCUAUCUGCCUACUCGAGAAAUGAUCAGAGUUUCUUGUUCCCACCAAAUUAUCUCUUUCUAGCUGUCAUGGCAACCAAAGUUCGAUCAAAAUUUGAAAGUAGCUCUCAGAAACCUACCUGGGUUUAAAUCCUCUAUAUUCCAUCAGGGAUUUCUAAAGUAACAAAUAAAAGUUGAUUUUAAAAUGAAA